AUGCCCCUAUGGUGCGAGAAUAAGGAAGACGCAUUUGAGGCCUUGGUAGCGAGGUGGGUUGGCGAAGACGCCGACUUCAACGCCAAGAGCGCGCGCAACAAGGAGGCGGAACUCGGGGAGCCUCUCACCGAGGUGGGAGGGUGGCAGAAGAUGAAGCUGAAGCAGCCCGAUCUGAGCCAGCCUCAGCCCUCGCUGCCCGAGUACUUCGGCUUUGCCGAAGAGGAGUUGGACAAGUACUGCUCGGUGUUCAAGGGUCUUCAUCCGGAGGUGGAUGAUCCUAUUGAGCAGGAGACCGACUUGACAGCGAUUAUGGUGGCGGGGAGCAGCGCGGAGCAUGGCCGCACGAAGCUUCUUAGUGGGGUGAUCAAGCCGCAGAGGACCCUCACGCAGAUCAGGUCUACCCUCACCACCGGCGACCCACCGGUCGCGCCUCCUCGACACCGUCGUACGGAUGCUCACUUUGAGGCCGCCUACGCGGCCGCUUAUGAGAAGUAUUUGACGGUUGUAGCAGAGUGGGACCUCAAGAGAGCGGCUUGGGAAGAGUACCAGGAGGCGACGAGUCGUGCGGUCAGGACGUUCUUCCUGACUGGAGAGAGGAUCGCACUUCCGGCCGAGGAGCCAGCUAGGCCGGGGCCGACUCCAGUGUGCCCAUCGAGGGAAGCUUUCGCGGCCACAUACUACGCACGGACUCCGGUAAGUCCUGUGCCUAACCAGUUCUCACCGCUUUCCUUUCCCAUGUGUAAGAUGCUAACUCUUGUCAAACAUGUAGGGCACGGGAAGUUCGCGGAACCGACCCUCUCCUGGUUCGUCGCGCGAGGGCACACCGAUGCACCCCGGCCGCCAUUCUCCCGGUGCUUCAGGGUUUUCACCUGCUGGCGAUGGUUCAGGCCAUGGUUCUACUUCGGUCUACCUCGACAAAGGCCGGACGCCUGAAUUUACGAGUCGGGAACUUGGUUGGACCCCCUGAUCUUAGUUUCCCUUAGCUAGGUGUCUAGCGGGUGUGCGUCGAUCGUGUGUGCCAUGUGUCGACGAUGUAUGAUGAUUGUGUGUGCUACAUGACACAUAUUUGUAUCACGAUGAUGUUGUUGCUACAUUUGAUGAUGAUUAUGUGCUGUGCAACAUUUGUGAUGCAUUUGAAUGUAUAUUACUGCUAUAUAUGCUGUGCGUGCUGUGCUGGGCCAGGAAAUGCA